AUGAGGCAACGGGAGUUUGCACCGACGAGCGACUGUGGGGCAGUCUUGGUACAGAGAGUACAAAAUGGUGGGCUUUGUCCCUUCUCUGCUCUGUCUGGCAGACAGCACUCUUUCCACGAAUCUGAGGCUGGGAGCACUCAGCACGGUCAAGAGAAACGAAUAAGUUUCUUGAUUUCCUUUUUUGCAAGCAGCAAACAUGGGUACGACCCUCCUCCGAUGUUGAAGGAGCCAUACCGGAAAUGGGUGGACGGUCGACUGCAUAUCCAAGGAUAUCCACCUUGGGUGCCGCCCGAUAUCAUGCGGGAGCAGUUGUUGAACCUGCUCGACCAGUGUGACGCAGGCAAGCUUCCGGAGGACGAAGCUAUUGGCAACCUAGUGUUGCUCGUGGAACGAACUGGCUUUUGCCGCUGGGGCUAUGCCCUACCCUCGGCUGCGACGUACAGGAAACCGCGAAACGGUUGGUCCAGGGGACACGUUGCUAUCAUGGAUGUCCUUCUGGGACACGAGUCACAGUGGUGUCUGGAGAACACCGUGGAUGCACGGGGGCGUUAUGUGCCCUGGGAAGAGCGCAUGGUCAUUGACCCUGAGUUUGUUUUGAGUUCAUUCGACCGUGGGGAGAAGUCAUUGAGGACAACAUUGGAGGAAGCAGAGUUUGUGCCUUUGAAGGCGGGCGACUGGCGCAACCGCUGGCAAGUGUCAGCGUGGCGUUUGAACAUGGCCACCUGGUGGGUGGAGACGAAGCGCAUUCUUGAGAAGAGAGCCUUCAUGGGUACGUUGUCGGACAACUGUCGUGGUUUUGUCGAGAAGCAGGACUCGAAGCGGUUGUGGACUCCGCCCUAUCCCUGCACAGGGCUCACACAAGAGACGGGUUUGCCGGUUGUAGAGUUCCCGGCUACCAAUUGA